AUGAAUUCAAGUGAUAUAGCAAAGUUUGUCACGCUUUCGAUGGAAAUUGAAAAAGAUAUCAUAUCACCAAAUAUUGAUAAAGUACUCUGCUUCCCGAAUCAACAAGUGAUACUUAUGAAUACUAUAUUAGGUAAUUAUCAUUCCUUUACGAUGUAUGCAGUGAAUUUGAGUGAAGCCGUAAAUACGGGAAAUUUAAUUAAUGAAUUGAAUGAGAAGGACGGGAAGAAGAACAAUGAUCGCGGUGGUAUGACGCAAAUGAUCGCUAAAGAAUUGCUGAAUCCGAUCCGUUGUGAUUUAAUGUUUCAUGGCAUAAUCAAUAUUAAUUAA